AUGGAUAGCUUAUGUGCUGAGGGAAGGAUCAUGAGUGGAUACACGAUCAUCUGGAGCUGCACAGUCUCGUUUCUACAAAGGGAAGGUUCUAUUUACAUACUGGACAGAUCAGAAGGGGACAUUGGAAAUAUGCACUCUGCCACCGAAGAUCGCGAAAUAACGCCGAGAUUGCUCAAUUGUGAACAUACGGAAUGGGAAUCUACAAGAUGGGCGCAUUCUACACUGAGAAUGCAAGCAAACAAUUUUAAUGGCACGAGCCAAAGUACACGCCGAGGCCCACGACAAAGUCCAAUUUACCUUCUUACCCAUUGCAUCCCCCUCGACCAUACUCUCGAUAGCGCUGGUGAUAAGGGGGCUUGUCUCGGUCUUUCCUGGCCCCUCACUACGCAUUGCCCAAUCGCAGAAAUGCCUCACAAUAAUGAUGUACCUGCUUGGUUGCUCGGCCGUGUUGCGAAUCCCUUCAGCGUAAAGCAAAAGAAUUUGGGCAAGCUUUCCGCAUUACAAGACGAGUGA